AUUCAUUUGAAAUAUCCAAUUAGCUAAUUAGCUGUUCUUGAGUAAAUUCAUUAAUUAAUCACAUAAAUGGAGUUUUCUAGCUAUGUUAACACCUCUUUGGAUCUCAAUCUUAGUCUUAUGAUGCACGUUGAUCAUCAGCCAAUUCACACCAAUCAAACAGUAAAACAAGAUCAGAUCAUGAAUACUGAUCAUGCUCUAAUGGAAGAACUGAAACGAGUGAAUUCGGAGAACAAGAAACUGACAGAGAAGUUGAGUGUAGUAAGUGAGGAUUACAAGGCACUGAGAAGCCAGUUGGAAGAUUAUAAUGUUAUGAUCAGUUGUAAGAACAACCUUGAAUCUCCAAAUUCAUGCAAGAGGAAGAGAAAUUACGAUUCUGGUGGGAAUUCUUCGGAGAGCAGCUCGAGCGAUGAAGAUUCGUGUAAGAAGAAGACGAGGGAAGAAGAAGAAGAUGUUAUCAAGGCUAAGAUCACUACAACCUAUAUGCAAACUCAACCAUCUGAUACUACUAGCUUGAUUGUCAAGGAUGGAUACCAAUGGAGGAAAUAUGGGCAGAAAGUUACAAGAGACAACCCAUGUCCAAGAGCAUACUUUAAAUGCUCUUUUGCUCCAACUUGCCCAGUCAAGAAGAAGGUUCAAAGAAGUGUUAAAGACCAGACAAUUGUUGUAGCUACAUACGAAGGAGAACACAAUCAUCCUUGUAGCUCAAAAUCGACGUCUGCAGGCAGUUGUAGUAGUACCAUUACAAAACAGCAGAAGCCUGUUAAACCAAAUGGAAUUCAGCAGCAAAAGUCAUUGGAAAAGAUCAAACCAAUGAUAAGUUCAUCUGGAGUACAGAAUAUCUUGGUGGAACAGAUGGCUUCUUCACUUACAAAAGAUCCAAGUUUCAAAGCUGCUUUACAGGCUGCAAUAUCUCAAAAGUUUCUCCAUAACAACAACACCAAUAUUAUUAACAAUCUCCAAAAAUGGUAGAAUUCUAUAAGGAUUCUCAUGAUCUGAUAAGCACUGAUGCAGCAGAAACAUACAUACAUUUGGGGGUUCUCGCGAUCAAAGAAAAAGUGUGAUUUGGGGUGUCAAACAGAUUCGGGAGAGGAAAUACAAUCGUCUCAAUCAAACCCCACAAGGCGUGUAUAUAUACAUAUACAUCCCAAUGCCGCAAAUCUCUACAAGGGAAGAAGGCAAGAAAAUCCCUCAAUCAAACACUUUUCUUUGUCGGAGUUUACAUGGCAUGGCAGCAAUUUAGAUAAUUGUAUUAUAAGAUCUUUCUUCACUACUGAGUUUGUAUGCUAGAUGAGGUUUUUUCUUUAUUGAAUUAUUGAAGUUAUUCUU